UACCUUGGGCUUACUACCAGGUACCGUUUACCAACGUUCUCAAAACCGACAAUCAAUUUUUUUGACGAAUCCUUCUUCAGCGUCGUAGCCACCGGCGAUCAAUUCCAUCGGAGACUCCACGCCGGCACCGUCAACGGCCACUGAACUGAAAGUAACAACAUGAUAAGAGCAGUGCUAGUGAUGAACACGCAAGGGAAGCCUCGUCUCGCUAAAUUCUACGAAUUUAUGCCUGUGGAAAAGCAGCAGGAAAUUAUUCGGAAUGUGUUUGCAGUCUUAUGCAGUAGACCUGAACAUGUCAGCAAUUUUGUGGAUGCUGAGUCCUUCUUUGGACCGGAUGCUCGCCUCGUCUACAAGCACUUGGCAACUCUAUACUUUGUCUUCAUAUUUGAUGGUUCUGAAAACGAACUUGCUAUGCUUGAUUUGAUACAAGUCUUUGUUGAAACACUGGACAAAUGCUUCAGAAAUGUAUGCGAGCUUGAUGUAGUGUUCAACUAUAGUAAGAUGCAUACUAUACUAGAUGAGAUUAUUUUUGGAGGCCAGGUGUUAGAGACAAGUUCAACUGAAGUUAUGAAGGCUGUUGAAGAAAUAUCAAAGCUUGAUGCAGCAUCCAGCGCAAUCAAUCUUGUUCCCAAAUCUGUUUCUAGUUGGAGGUCACGAUAGUAUAAUUCUACAUAAGGUUAUGGAGUGAACUGCAUUCACACAUGCAAAGGGUUUGGAAGACGGAAGUAUCUCUGGUCAGGGAAGUUGGGUUGGAUGUAAUUUUGUUCUUCUAUUGAAGCAAAAACUGAAACCCUUAACAAAGUUGAGUGACCAUGGUUGCUACUGAUGUUUUUAAUGACGAGUUAGUUAAGCGAUUGGUGAUUUUUUAUUUUCCUACUUUAUUGGUCCAAGGAACAGCGUACAACUACAACCAUUACUGGCUACUCAAUGUUCCCAACAGAUCCCAAUUUUGGUUUAUUUAUUUGGUUGUAUUGACCUGAAAUGUUGACCCUGUAUAAAUAGUUCCUACAUGUUGUAAUUCAUGAAGAAUAUAGAUUGACAGAUUGUCUUGAAGAAUUAGAGGUUCGAGUUUACUAAAAUACGUUACAACA